GUUCCUCAGUCCAGUGGUGUCCUUCCAUUAGCCGUCUUCUCUCUCUGGCGCCAGCAUCUUCAGUCCGGGUGCCACUGCGCUUUGUCUGCAGUCUCUGGUCAUCAUCUCCUGUACUAUGUCCGCAUUCUCUGCUCAUCUUCUGUACUAUGUCCGCAGUCUCUGGUCAUUCCCUGUACUGUGUCCGCAGUCUCUGGUCAUUUCCUGUACUGUGUCUGCAGUCUCUGGUCAUCUCCUGUACUAUGUCCGCAGUCUCUGGUCAUCUCCUGUACUAUGUCUGCAGCCUCUGCUCAUCUCCUGUACUGUGACCGCAGUCUCUGGUCAUCUCCUGUACCGCAUCCACAGUCUCUGGUCAUCUCCUGUACUAUGUCUGCAGUCUCUGGUCAUCUCCUCUACUAUGUCUGCAGUCUCUCUCUGGUCAUCUCCUCUACUAUGUCCACAGUCUCUGGUCAUUCCCUGUACUGUGUCCGCAGUCUCUGGUCAUCUCCUGUACCGCAUCCACAGUCUCUGGUCAUCUCCUGUACCGCAUCCGCAGUCUCUGGUCAUCUCCUGUACUAUGUCUGCAGUGUCUGGUCAUCUCCUGUACUAUGUCUGCAGUCUCUGGUCAUUUCCUGUACUAUGUCCGCCAUCUCUGGUCAUCUCCUGUACUGUGUCCGCAGUCUCUGGUCAUCU